AUGGGGUGCUGCCCGGGGGACUGCUUCACCUGCUGCGGUGAGGAGCAGGACUGCUGCGAGACGUGCUGCUGCCAGCCCGGCUGCUGCGGCUGCUGCGGGUCCUGCUGCGGCUGCGGGGGCUCGGGCUGCGGAGGCGGCUGCUGCGGGUCCUCGUGCUGCGGUGGAUCUGGCUGCUGCGGAGGCGGUGGAUCUGGCUGCGGGGGCGGCUCUGGCUGCGGGGGCGGCUGCUGCGGGUCCUCCUGCUGCGGGUCCAGUUGCUGCGGCUCCUCGGGCUGCUGCGGCCCUGUGUGCUGCCAGCCCACGCCCGUCUGCGACACGAAAUGA